AUGGCGCCUUCAUGGCUCAGUGACUUGCGCCGUCUGAACCGCAACAACCUCGCAACUGUUCGCGCGGCGCCAUGGGCCGAGAUCUCAGGGUCUCUUGGCGAUCUGGGCACUCUGCUGCCGCUCAUGAUCGCCCUCGCCGCCCAAGGGUCCAUUCAUCUCGGCACCACCCUAGUAUUUUCGGGGUUGUUUAACAUCCUCACCGGUGUCUUCUAUGGCAUCCCUCUCCCAGUUCAGCCGAUGAAGGCUAUUGCCUCGGCAGCCAUCUCGAAUGGCUCUGCUAUGAGCGUAGUAACUGCUGCCGGACAGUGGGUUGGCGCAGCCGUCUUCAUCAUGAGCGUCACCGGCCUCUUGCGAUGGGUUGUGCGUGUCGUUCCUAUCCCUGUGGUCAAGGGUAUUCAGCUGGGAGCUGGUCUCUCGUUGAUUCUCGGCGCUGGUUCGUCGCUGCUCCAACCCCUUCACUGGGUUCAUCCGGCUCUUGAUAACCGCAUCUGGGCCUUGGUUGCUUUCCUUGCUCUCAUCGGUACCCAGAAGCUAUCUCGCUUCCCCUAUGCGUUGCUGUUCUUCGUUAUUGCGCUGCUGUUGGCCUUUGUUCAGGUUCUCAUGUCUCAACAGAGUCUGCCGUGGUUCCACGUCUGGCAUCCUCAGUUUGUCAUGCCUCGAUGGGUUGGGAAAGAUGAUUCACCUGCGUUGUGGAUGGCCAUCGGCCAGCUACCCCUGACGACGCUCAACUCUAUCAUCGCUGUCAGCGCACUAUCUCAGGAUCUUCUACCCGAUAUCCCUACACCCUCGGUGGGUUCUAUCGGAAUCAGUGUGGCCUUGAUGAAUCUCACAAGCACCUGGUUCGGAGGCAUGCCUGUCUGUCACGGUGCUGGGGGCUUGGCCGCGCAGUACCGAUUUGGGGCUCGCAGUGGCGCCAGUAUCAUCAUCCUCGGCCUUUUCAAGUUGAUCAUGGGCCUUGUUUUUGGUGAAACUCUGGUUGACCUCUUGCGGCACUAUCCCAAGAGCCUUCUCGGCAUCAUGGUCAUUGCGGCCGGCCUCGAACUGGCCAAGGUCGGCCAGAGCCUCAACCAAGGAGCUUCCGAUUUGUGGCAGACCGCUGCGCGACAAGAUGUUCGCCGACAUCGUGACCUUUCAGACGAGGAGCGCACCGAGAGAUGGACCGUCAUGCUCAUGACAACUGCCGGAAUCCUGGCCUUCCGGAACGAUGCUGUCGGGUUCCUGGCGGGCAUGCUUUGUCAUGGGGCAUACCGACUCUCUGAACGAUUGGCAAAGUGGCACUCAAGUCGAGGAAUCUUCACAUCUGAGCGUGACCCCCUUCUUCAUUGAUCUUGACACGGGUUGUUUGUCAAGGUACAACGCAUUGGCUGAUGACUGUUCGCAUUCUUACGGCGUUUGGCUUUUGCAUUGCUUCUUUCCCUCGUAGACAUUUGGUAUUGGCAUUGACACGUGUUAUGGUCAACGUAUUCUUUGCGCGACACUCAUUAUCGUUGACUCAGAAUAUGAGCACAAGGCUUGGAGCUUAUCUUACCACGUUGGCGUUGGGCUCUAGGUUGCAUUUUGUUGGGCAUGAGAAGGCAUGAGCGCAUCAUGAGAUAGAUCCUUCAGAUAUACGACAUUUUCUGUAGCUAGUAGGUAGGUGUAAGAAGUUGAUGUUC